UACUUCCGUCCCCGCCUCCCAAGAUCCUACAGGACAGUCUGUCAUGGCGGCCGGGCUGUUAGGUUUGUGCGCUCGCCGCCUUUUGGCUGCAGCGGCGACGCGAGGAUUCCCGGCUGCCCGAGUUCGUUGGGAAUCCGGCUCCUCACGGGCUGUGAUUGCCCCGGCUGCUGUGGCGGGAAGGCGGGCGCCAGAACCAACUAUACGCCGGCAGGAGGAUCCGGAUCCCGAGGACGAAAACCUCUAUGAGAAGAACCCAGACACCCAUGGCUACGACAAGGACCCAGUUGUGGACGUCUGGAACAUGCGGGUAGUCUUCUUCUUUGGCUUCUCCAUCGUUUUGGUCUUUGGCACCACAUUUCUGGCUUAUCUGCCUGACUACAGGAUGCAGGAGUGGGCCCGCCGGGAAGCUGAGAGGCUUGUAAAAUACCGAGAAGCCAAUGGCCUCCCAGUCAUGGAAUCCAACUACUUCGACCCCAGCAAGAUCCAGUUGCCAGAGAUUGAAGACUGACUUCUUGCCAAGUGGGGCUCAAGAAGCAAUAACUUCACCCUGUCUUCCGUUCAGAGUAUCUAAUUAAAAAGACUGAAGGUUUAA